AUGGAAGAGUUCUUCCAGAGCCACUGCACCCGGCAGGCAACCUGCAUCGCCACAGACCCCUCCCACCCCUCCCAUGGACUGUUCACUCCCUGCCGUCUGGCAGAAGUUCCACAUUUGGACAUUACAUCACUGGGAUGUUCUGAUGCAGCUGAUGAAGAGGAUGUCAAAGACCUUGAUGGAGACGAAAUGCGUUACAUUGACUUCAACAAAAAAGAAGCAGUGAGCACACUUCCUGAAUUUGCAGACCCCAUGAGAUGGCCAGAGGAUUAUGCAGCUGCUGUGACAAACAUGGUUGUGUGCAAAAAUGACUUGGAAGUGUUUACAAAAGCUGGAAAGAACCCACCACUUGAAAAAGAUCCUCCACAGAGCACAAUAUACACCAAGCAUGAUGUGGAGUUUGGAAAGGAGAACGCCCUCAUCUGCUUUGUGAAUAAUUUCUACCCACCUCCUGUGAAAGUGAAGUGGACCAAGAAUGACAGAGAGGUGAAGGAGGGAGUGACUCUCAGCAGGUACCACCCAAACAGUGAUUUCACCUUCCGCCAGCUCUCCACCCUGAGCUUCACUCCAGACGAGGGGGACAUCUACGCCUGCACUGUGGAGCACACGGCACUACCUGAACCCCAAACCAAGAUCUGGGAGCCUGAGGUGAGCCCGCAGGCUGGUGUUGGAGCUACAGCAUUCUGUGGAGUGGGCCUGACUGUGGGGCUUCUGGGAGUGGCCACUGGAACCUUCUUCCUCAUCAAAGGAAACAACUGCAACUGA